AGUUGUCUAAAAUGGUCUCCGAUUAUGAUCUGCAGAGGAAAUUGAGGAAAAUGAAAACAUAUUUGAAGCAAUAUUCAAGAAUUUUGGAAAGCAGUGGGCUAAAGGAGGCCAAAAGGAGUUUUAAAGAGUCAAAAGGGAUUAUUGACGCACUGAGGGAGUCAAUUGUUUCAAAUUUGUCCAACAUCGAAGCCAUUUGUCCAGAAUUAGAUAAUUCUUGUGAUAAUAAGUCAGCCAAUUUGGAAUUAUUGCUGAUUUAUUUACACAACGAAAUCAAAGCACUUAAUCAGAACAUUAAAAGUCAGAAAAGGAAAGAACAACUGGAGGAAUUGAAUAAACUAUCAAAGCAAAGAGAAGAAAUGACUGAAGAGACGGAGAAAUUGGUCAUGCAAGCUGAGAAAGCUUCUGAGAUGAGUCUCAGAAAGGAAGAAAUGAGAUUGAAAGACGAUUUGAAUAAAAUUAACACAGAAAAACUGAGAAGAGCAGAGACUGAGGUGAGAAGUCUCAAGGAUAGUGAAAGAGAUGUCUUACUGAGUCAACAGAGACUGGAAUUAUCAAGACAAUUGCUAUCGAAGACCGGAUUAAUGCUUUGGAGAGGAGAGCGGAGUUCAAUAUGUCGAUAGAAGGGUUGUCUCUGCCUAGUCAAGUUGCUCAAUUCUCUGAGUUGAGGGAGUGUCUGGAAAUUUGGGACAAGUGUCGGGCUGUGGCUGAAUUGAUGGACAUUCCGGGGAAUAUAUCUAAGGAAGAGUUGUGUCGAGAGUUGGGUGGUUUGGGAGUCGUUAAAGAUAUGAUUGCCGUGGAGAAUCGUUUAGGCACUGAGAGAUAUGG